GAAGCUUUGGUCGUGACACAGUAGUGACUUGACACCCUGAGUUAUUACGUGGGGUUACCGACUGGGUGCCGCUGAGAGUCGUCUUGGAGUUCGAACUUCGUUUGAGUAUCUACACGGUGUGGUGGUUUGUAGUUGAUACAUAAAACGUAUAUCUCAAAGUUGGUCGUUUCGCAGCUUUAACCAUUUGAUAUGAUGAGCAAGAAGUUGAAAUAUGAGGCCUGCUCUGAUGAUCGUGCCCAACUCACAAUGACUGAAUUUGUGAGCACCAGUGAAACUCAUGAUUCUGAGAAACUCAGCGUUAUGGUUGAGCCUGCAGCAGGAGCCCAAGUCAGGGUCGAGCAAGAAGAGCCAGAAAAUACAGAUGCUCCGAAAGGUCGACGCUUGGAAAAUAAGAACAAGCCAUUCUGGCAGCGUGUGCUGUUCUCAUGUUUUGCAGCAUGUGCUUUGACACCAGAUAAUUUUUGAGAUGGUACAAUAAUCAAAAAAGCAUAUUCAGUGUUAUAACCAAUACAAAAUUUAUAUCAUCUAAUACCCAAUGCAAAUAAUUUUAUUUCACAUUUCAUCAACUUCAGCACGAAAGAAUCACUGUACAAAUUAUCUAACUUUCACCUUAUAUUAGGGACAAUCAGGUACGAAGUUAUUCAUUCAGUUUCAUUUCUUUAUUAAAAUGAAGUUUUGAAGAGACUUAAUCAUCAGGCUACAUUACAUUACAUUGUAUUUAAUUAACAAUAAGAAUCUGAAUGAUUGGAUGCAUUGUAUUAGAAUUAUCAGGCUACAAUAUGUUACAUUGUAUAUAAUUGACAAGUAUAUAUUAAAGAAGCUUCAAAA